AUGAAGGGUAUUCAUGGCAGGUUAUUGAACUUCUCUAGCGACGGCAAAUAUCUGGUAUUAACGCUAGAUAAUAUCAUCAAGGUUCUGCACAUAGCUAACGGCAAUAUUUGGAGAUAUCUUGAGGGCUAUAGUGACUCUAUCUCGUUAGCUGCUUUCUCUUCGGACUCGACCCGGCUUGUGUCAACAUCACACGACAAGACCGUCAAAAUUUGGGAUGCAUAUCGAUGCACAGCCCAACGUGACCUCUACAGCCACAGAGACUUUAUCACCAGAAUGAAGUUCUCUUCAGGCGGACGCAAACUUGCGUCGGCCUCUAAAGGCAACACGAUCAGAAUAUGGGACACUACUACGGGAAGACCUCUUCAGAUCCUUCAAGGGCCUGGCGCCCAUGCGGAUCUGUUGGUGUUUUCCUCAGAUGAUUCCCAGCUUGCGUUUGUGUCAGACGAUGAGAGCAUCGACGUUUUGACCGUCGGUACUAAGGCAACCCAGACUCUCAAAGGUCACAAAGGUCAUGUACACUUGGUAACCUUCUCUCAUGACAAUAUCCAGCUCGCAUCAGCGUCCAAGGACCAGACUGUAAAGAUAUGGAACGCCAGCGCAGACGAAUGUUUCAUACUUUCGAACGCUGUCGCAUUGAUAGUCUUUUCUCAAGACCAGACUCGACUAGCAUUGGCAUCCCGUGAUAAGACUGUCACAUUCUUCGAAGUCACUUCAAACCGACACGAACAGAUAAAGAAAUUAUAUUCCAGUCAUAUUACUUUGAUCGGCUUCUCCUUGGAUGGUUAUCAGCUCAUAUCGUCCUCAGAAGAGAAGACUGUGAAGGUUCUGGAUGUGGCGACUGACCAGUGUCAGAUAGAAAGAGCUUCAGCAAUAGCGGUCUAUCUGGUCUGA